AGCUGGCCGAAACAGAAAUGGGACAGGCGUGGUGCAAAGAGAAGACCACGAAGGCGCAGGACUCCAAGUCUCCUUUGGAUCGGGUUUUCGUACGCUGCGCACACCGGAUUUACCCUAGUCUGAAGGAAGAGGGAUCGGUCCUAGGCGGUGCCACGCAAAGGGUGACGAGCUCGGAGAUAGGGUACGCUGGGUCUCCGCCAAGGGAGGCGCUGACUAGGGGCAUGAGCAUAGAUUCCGUGAACAGGCCCUUUCAUCCGAGCGACUGGGUCGACGUGAACCUCGAAGUGCCAAGCACACCGACGAGGCCGGGCUCGGCGCUCACGAAUUUAAUCGUCGACACGAGCCCCUGCUCGGCCACCACUCCCACGUCCAGCUGUUCGAAUUUGAAGGACGUGACGCCGAUCCCGCCACCGAGGCGUCGAAAACGCAACAAGGGUAGGCCGUUGCCGCCGAAACCGGACGAGGUCGGCUCAGAUCAGACAUCGAGCGAUUCGAGGCGAAUCAAAACCUGCGGCGACGAACCAUUAUACUCGUCGGUGAGGUCGCCGAAAACCAGCGAAAACGAACACGAGACGAACGAGGUGACUGAACAUCGUACAAAGGACGACGAGGCUGUGCGCAAAGACGGUAGAAGGGUGAAGGAGAUUUACGAACACAAGGUUAACGGUACCGGAAGGAUAAUAUCUAGUGACGUGGUCUCUGGUAGGAGGUCUAUCGAGAAUAGUCAGCAUCAACGCAAUGCUCAGGAGAGCGAGGAGUACGAGAGAUUCGCGAGGAGUCGAACGAGCUGGAACUCGUCGACUCCAAAUCGUGAGGAGAAAAGGGGGCCUAUUGAGAAACAGAUCAGAGAUUCCACGGAGAAUUCGAGAUCUAAGAACUACAGCACCGUGAGCCUGCCGAAUUAUGACGAGUUGGAUACAACUAGGCAUCGGUCAAAAGACGAAGACCACGAUGGUUAUCAGGCCCAAACGAAAAGGGCCAGGAGACCCGUCAGGAGUAGCACUGGAUCUCUUCCGGCUGAAUCCUUCCUCUCACCGUUUUCUGAGAAAACGAGCGUGCGACUGGAGGACUACAUACCGAGAUCCGAUAACCUGUCGCCGUAUCAGCUCCUGGAGAAUCUUGAUGCAUCCAGGACAAACGGGACAGUGGUAAGGGACGAGUACCUGAAGUACGACCCGAGUAAAUCUGAGGAUUGGGAGCUGGCUGACAUCGAUAAUUGCGAAUUAAAUCACCGGCGCCGACCCUCCUUCGAGAGGAUCAAUGAGGAGGACCGUGUACGCGGCGAAGAUGUUGUCGACUUCUCAGGUCGAGAAGAUGCAAGUGGAUCUCCUUUGUUAUCAACGAUUUAUCUAGAGAAGCCGGAAUCGUUUGGAAAAACAGCCUCGCCGGUACUCGGGCAGCCUGUGUACGCCGAAGUGGAUCCAAAUAGAUCGCAUUUGAGGUAUUUUGAACCUCCUAUGUUGACGGAUAAUUGCAAAAUUUCAACUGCACCCGAGUCUGUACCCAAAGAACCGUUUUUCCUGGACGAAGCGAAACAUCGUGCAGCUUUAGAUACGAUCUCUGAAGGAAGAUCAGAUCGACCAGACCAGUCGAGGACGAUAUUCGCCAGAAGUCCGUCGAACGAGAGCGAGCCGAGCGAGGAAGCAUACGAGACGAAAGAACUACAGAACCGCGCAGGCGGCCUGAUCAAAACCAUCUCCGAGGAGUCCCUGCCACGGGAGAUGUUAGAGGAAGAUGUGGACGAGUUCUUCGACGAGAAACACGCCAAGGAUGAACACAACAAAUUAAGAAAGAGCCUGGAUGAGUGGAAGACCAGCACGCCACCGCCCAGUCCCGAGCCGAGGAUCAAACCCGAGAUCCAGGACUCUGAUCAUUCGACGUUGUUGAAAGUACUUAAAGAGGAAGCUGCUGACGGAAGUAACUUAAGCUCGAUGACACCGAGUCUAAACGAAUUGGAGGCUGCCUUGUCGGACAUGUUAGAGAAAGAGGACUCGCAAGAAGGGUUCAAAGAGGCGCAGACUAAUGGGGCUAAUAAACAGAUUUUGAAGAAGUUAGAAUCUGAAACCAAGGAGCAAAGUGAAGCUAACAAGCUUGGCGAAGAGAGCCCGAUGAAAGCAAACUCUCAGAUCUCAGGCGUGGAAAGUGAUCAGAAUCUAGUCGGUCAAUCAGCUGAAGGGAAAAGCGAGGUUUCAGCAUCUUUGAAGCAAAUUCUUGAUAUGAAGGCCAUAGGAAGAAAGAUCUCGUUUUGCUCGUGGGAGGAAUCCGUAGCAAAAAUGGAAAGUCCGGACGAUCAGCUGGAGAUCGAGGUUCAGGUAGAUUCUGAUAAGGAUAAUCGAAAAAUAGAAAAUGUAGUGUGCCCUACGGAUAUCCCGCCAGAAAAGCCGAGCAGGUUGAAUAGAAGUUUGGAAGAUGUAAUAGAGAACACAGAUACCGCCCCUACACCUCCGCGAAGAAGAAACAGGAGCCACGGUAUGACCAAAAGAGUGUCUGAAGUGACGCGCAAUGGUUCUGUUAUUACCGAAUCCCUCCCUAAUGAUAGACUUAUUUAAUUGUCUUCGGUUGUAACUAGACUGCGGAUAAUUAUGCUUUUAUAAAAAAAAUAGUAGAUGUAAUAUA